AUGUCUGCAGAGGUUAUCUCGCGGGUUUCGCAGAUCUAUGGCGAGGGUAUCACGUUAACGCCUAUUUCACAAGGCGCUGAGGCCGUUAUUUUUACUACGACUACUCAUCCGUACCUGCCCUCGACAGAAGGCAGCUCUAAGUACGUCGUGAAAUACAGGCCGCCCAAGACGUACAGGCAUCCAUCGAUCGACGUGGCACUGACCAAGCAGCGGACUUUGGGCGAGGCGCGGCUCCUCGGUAAGCUACAGCAGAUCAAGGGGCUCCGGGUUCCCAAGCUACUCGCGUGCGACGUCUACAAUGGAAGCAUCUGGAUGGAGUUCCUGGGAGAAGACCUGCCGGAAAGCCGCGGGUUCAGCAAUUUGAAGAACUUCCUGUGGAUGUGUGCCUCGGAACCCUACAGCCCGGUCGUGGAGGCCACCGUGCGCGAUGUGGGGUGCCAGAUAGGUCUGCUGCACUGGAACGACUACUGCCACGGUGAUCUCACUACCUCCAACAUCGUGCUGGUAAGGAGCGGGGCUGAGUGGGCGCCACACCUGAUUGACUUUGGUCUUGGGAGCAAUUCGAACCUCGUGGAGGACAAGGGGGUGGAUUUAUAUGUGCUAGAACGUGCUCUUGCGAGCACGCACUCGGCGUUUGCGGAAAAGUACUUCGAAUGGUUAAUGGAGGGCUUUACCUCUGUCUACCAGUCACAUGGAGAGAAGGGAGAGCAAAAACUGAAGGAGCUACUCCGCAGGUUCGAAGAAGUACGCCUGCGCGGGAGGAAGAGAAGCAUGUUGGGCUAA